AUGCAAUCAUUCCUCUUCUCAAAAACCACUAAAAUAGAGAAUCGAUUGAAUUCUCUAACUGAUUUACAAAAUUAUCAUGGCAAAAUUAAAACCUUCAUUAGAUCAGAGGUUGAUAAGAAUUUGAUCACUUUUCAAAAAAGCCAAAAUUGUAUUACAAAAUUAUUACAAUGCUAUGAAUUUGAUAGUAAACCAUUCAUAGAUGAAGAAUUAUUCUCUAUCAAUCCUAAAGAUGAUAGAAAAUUAACUUGUAUGAAAAUUAUGAUUCUAAUAUUCCACUUUGAUAUGAUGACUAAAUGUGAGAGAAUGAUUCGUACAUUUGAUCCAUUCUAUUGUUUUAUUGAAGAUGAAGCGAUUCCUCAAGUAUUUGAUUGUGUAAAAAGAAUAACUAGUUUUGAAAAUGAUCCAAACUUGCAAAGUCCAGUUUGGUUUGAUACUGAAUUGAGUUCUUUAGAAAGGUGGCAACAAUUUAUUUUGCACCUUCUUAUUCGAAUGCAGGUGGAUGUUUUGAAAUGCUAUACAAAUAUUAAUUGUUUGAAACAUAAGAGCUCGUACUUUGUACUGGUAAUUGCAAUAAUACUAUUGAAAUACUUUUAUGAAAAGAAGAGGAAAUUCUUAAAGUGGAAUAGUGGAGAGCUAUGGGAACAAUCCAAGGCAGAUUGUAAAUUGUUAAAUUGUCUCAUAGAUUAUUGGUAUCUAUUUAUUCUUUUAAAAAAGAAUUCGCCACGUUUCAAUAUCAUCGUCGAGGUUUAUGGUUAUGUGAUUACCUGCUGUUUGUACAGCUUUGCAGAGGUGAAUGAAGAGAGAGAAAUUGACAAACACUCCCAUAGAGUAAUUCAAACUCUUUCAAAUAGCUAUUACUUCCUUCCUGAAGUUUAUUGGAAAACUUAUGUUGCACUUCUAGUUAGUGAUUGUAGAUGUUAUCAGCAUUUGAAUGAUAAUAUUACCAUUAUUUCAGAUACAGAUUUUGGAAAGAAUGUAUGGGUAAUCAAGUACAAAUUGCUAGCUUGUAUCUGUUCUUUAUCAGAGUUGAGAUUUAUGCUUAAUGAUCUUUCAUUAUGUGAUAGAGCAAGGCACUUUAUAUCACUUUAUCAAUUGGAAUUGAGAAUGAAAGAUUUCAUAAUAGAAAGUUUGAAAAGAGAAGGUGAAACCAAGUACACACAAUGGAAGUUUGGUUCUAUAGAUACAUCUCUUGCUGUUGCAUCAAUAGAUUAUUUAAAUUAUGUUGUUGAUAUUGGUGAGCAUGAAGAAUUUAUCAGAUCAGUGCUGAACCUAUGGAAAGGUUAUCUAUUUUCAAAUAAGGGAUUUAGGAUAUGGAUCAAUAAUACAAUUGCAGGUUUUCUCGUUUCUAACGAGUGUCCUGAUGAUUUAUUAGAAGAAAUUAUUAGAGCUCACCAAAUUAACUUGAUAGAAAACAAGAGUUAUAUUGCCAUUCUGAAAGGGGUUGUUAAAACUUUGAAUAGAGAAAAUUGUAAUCAAACCUUAUUGGAGAGUUUCAAAGAAUUAGUCAUCUAUUUGUUUGAUUUUUAUAUUGAGAAUGAAUCAAUGGAUUAUUUACAAACAUUGAACGUUUCAAAUGAGGAUUUGGUGAAGAUUCAUCAACAGAAUGUAAUUAAUUGUUUCAAAUUAGUGGGAUCCUCUUUCCAAAUCAUUAUGGAUUGUGGAAAAUUGGAAACUAUUCUCUCAGAAAUUAAGAAAAGGACAGAGAUUAUGUGGGAUAAUAACAUCUUCAAUCACAAGAUGAUAUUCUCCUUUAUUGGUAUUCUUGAAGAAAUUAUCAAAUAUGUUGAUUUUGAUAAUUUAAUGGAUGUGUUUAACAAGUUGAAUUAUAAUUCAUUUAUUAUAAGAUUAAUUCAUUCCAUAAUAUUUCAACAUGAAAGAUGUGAUGAUAUUAAACAAUCACAUAGGAGAACAUUUAUUGUAUUCUUAAUUGAUAACCCAAUUUUGGGAAAUGAAUUAUUACAUGACCAUAUAUCGCCAUUUAUCAUUAAUCAAUCAAUGUUGGCUCUGGAAUAUUUGACGAAUUUACAAACGAUUAAGAAAGAUGAUGUUAAUAUUGAGACAUUCGAAUAUAAUAUUUGGGCUUUGAGAAGAAUGGUUCAAAGUGUGGUUACUAAUGGAUCUAAUCACAUUGAUUUACAUCACUUAUUAGAUUGCCAUUUAUCAAAAUUUAUUCCAAUCAUGGAAAGAAUUCAAACACUAAAAGGUGAGAAAAUUGAAAAUCUAUCUGAAACUAUUCUAAGUACAUGCUUAAUAAUAGGUCAAUCACGAAUGAAUAUAAUAGCUCCACAAUUACUCAAAUUCAUUCAUUUAAUUUGCGAAAUUUCAUUUUCACUCUCCAUGGAAAAUGAUGAAGAUAUCUUGAUAUUGACUUGUAUCUUGAAUUUAAUUGAAUAUUUAAUUGAUAAUGAAAUGUUAAAGAUUGAAAUUGGAUGGCUAGAGGAAUGGAUCAAUGAUGAACAUCUAGUUGCCUUGAUUCGACAUUGCACAACAUUUCACAAAAUCCUAUAUAGGAGAAUACAUUGUAAAAUAUUAAUCUCUCAAUAG